AUCUCUCUCUCUCUCUCUCUCUAUCCAUAUUAAGAAGUCACUUGAAGAGAGAGAAAGAAAGAACAUCCAGAUGAAGCGGUCUCCUUCUUCUUCUUCAUUGUCAUCUUCAUUAGCUGAGUCUAAUCAGCCUCACCAAUCAGACCAGCCCAAGACCAAGCGUCCCAGAGUUAAGAAAAACCUCAAGUCAGAGAACUGCAAGAUCAAUGGUGGUGAAUCUCCCACCUCAGUCAGGAGAAGCUCCAUUUACAGAGGGGUCACCAGGCAUAGAUGGACAGGAAGGUUUGAAGCACAUCUAUGGGACAAGAGCACUUGGAACAGCAUUCAGAACAAGAAAGGAAGACAAAUUUAUUUGGGAGCUUAUGAAGAUGAGGAAGCUGCGGCUCGCACCUACGACCUUGCCGCCCUCAAGUAUUGGGGACCAGACACCACACUGAAUUUUUCGGUGGAAAGAUAUAAUAAAGAAAUUGAAGAAAUGGAGAAGCUGUCCAAGGAAGAGUAUCUAGCUACGCUGCGGCGGAAGAGUAGUGGAUUUUCUAGAGGUGUUUCUAAGUACCGGGGUGUGGCAAGGCACCACCACAAUGGACGAUGGGAGGCGCGAAUUGGACGAGUUUUUGGAAACAAAUAUCUCUACUUGGGAACUUAUAGCACCCAAGAGGAAGCAGCAGCAGCAUAUGACAUUGCAGCAUUACAGUACAGAGGGAUGAAUGCAGUGACCAAUUUUGACAUUAGCAUGUAUGCGGACCACUGGAAAAAAAUCGAGGAAACUCAACAGCAAAAUCCUGAUUCCUCCACUGAAGCACAAGCAGAUGAGCAACAAGACCAUGAUCAGCCACAUCAACAAGAUCAAGAAGAAGAAAAAGAAAAAGAACAAGUGGCAUUGCAGAAACCCAAAAACUUGCCGCUCAUACCUUCCCUCGAGUCCGACACAAUGCAGUAUAUGGAUCCCACGGAUGAGCACAAGCACCCAUGGAGCUUGGGCUUGGAUAACGGAUUCAAUUUGCUUCCGGUCCCCGAUUUUCCAAACGAGAGACCGGGCGAGUUAGCAGAUUUGUUUAAUGACCCAGUCUUUGAGGAUCUAGGCUUCAUAUUCGAUGAACCUUGCAUUGAAAAUGAGUUUGACCAGGUUGGUUUGUGGGAUAGUACAGAUUGGGGGAUCCAACCUGAUGUUUUGGUCGAGAGGGAUGAGGAAACUUCUCCAUCAUCCUUGUCGCCCUCAUCAUCGUCUUCUUCGACAACCACCUCAGUUUCUUGCAAUGUCUAAGUCUUCUUGGAAGGUUUGGAACCUUGGACCUUGUGGGCUUGUCGGAGUUUGGUCAGCUUUGGUGUUGAGGUUUGUUGUGUGUCUGAUAGGAAACAUUCUACAUAUCUUUCGUUUUUUCUUCCCCUUUAUUCUUUUAUUCUCCCAUCAUUAAAAGAGUAGGUCAACCCCCCCC